AUGAGUUCUGAUCGUCUACAUGGCCUCACUGCUGUAGUCACUGGGUCAUCAUCCGGCCUCGGUCGCGGGAUUGCCCUUGCUCUUGCAGCAGCAGGUGCUCGACUGGUAGUUUGUGCUGAUCUGAAGGAAACACAGGACGUCCGUUCAACCAUGGAUCCUAAUGUUAAGGCGUCCAAAGGCGCGGAUAUGGCAUCUAAAGCUUUGGAAGUCUCGAACAAUAGUAGCGAGAAUGAGGCAGAUUUGCCAACCCAUGAGCUUAUUCGCUCGCUAUAUGGAGAAGAUAGAGCGCUUUAUGUCAGGUGUGAUAUUAGUCUGGAGCAAGAUGAUGUUGGGAAUGAUGUCUACUCGACUGAUUAUGCCAUUCAAAAGGCAGUCAGUAAAACCGGCAGGCUUGAUUUCGCGGUCGAUGUAACUGGCACGUUCCUAGCCACCAAGUUCGCGAUGGACCAGUUCCUAAAACAGGACGAAGAUGAGCAUGGCUUCAGGGGUAAUAUAAUCAACAUUUCAAGUAUUGCUGGCUCUAGCGGGCUACCAGGAUGCUCCGCAUACUGCGCAGCGAAAUCAGCCAUUCUCGGGUUUACGCGAUCGGUCGCCGUCGAAUAUGGAGAGAGGAGAAUCCGGUGCAAUGCUAUCAAACCAGGAUAUAUUAUGACACCAUUCCUCCAGCGAGUCAUCGAGACCACGGGUGAUGUAACCUGGCUUGAAAAAGCAUCCCCAUUCAAUACGUUAGGUCAGCCAAAGGACAUUGGCAGUGCGGUGGUGUGGCUUGCAAGCGGCAGGGAGAGCGGGKAUGUGACUGGGAUUGACUUGUCUGUCGAUGGGGGGUUUCUUGCUCGAUGA